AUGGACUCGAAGAGAGUCUAUCUGGGUGCCCAGGUUCUCAAUCUAUUGGGUAAUCUCCCCUUCUAUCGAGAUGUUGUCAGCGCGCGAUUCAAACUAUGGGAAGGAUGGUGCCUGGGCAGGCCACUGACUAUGAUGAUCUUCGAUAUUAUGGAGGAGAUGUGGGGUCUAUCACAAAGCGACACCGUCGAUCAGAACAUUCAUGCUUUGAAGCUAUCAAAAGAAAUGUUCCAAACCCAUGCGCGUCCAUUCAAAACCCCGGCAAAUAUGCCCUGGUCUGAUUUUAAGCAUGCCCUUUCCGGAAGGUGGGAAACCGUUGGAUUGAUGUUUUGCAUCACUGGCUUGUCAACUGAGUGGCUAUCAGAAGAUGAUCCGAUAUUUCAACGGCACGGGUCUACCGAUCCUCGGAGUCUGGCAACAACGGCCAGUGCCGUAAGUGAUAUUUGCCUUCAAUUUUGCGACGGCGCAGGCAUCAUCAACGAUAUUGUAUGCUGGCUUCUUAUGCAUCAAACGACACUAUUGGCUACCGUAUAUGGAGAUAGCGACUCUCGACCCUGGAGAAAGCUUGGCGAGCUUACGACUACUGUCUUUGCAUUGGGACUUCACCAAGAUUCCAGCUACCAACUGCCUCUAUAUUUGGCCGAACUUCGAAAGCGUAUAAUGGUAGCUACCUUUACGAUUGACAAGAUCUUAGCUACCUUUUUGGGUAGACCGCCUUUAGUCAGUUGGCGGUACUGUGACAUUCAAUUUCCCCUUGACCUAAGCUUUGAGGAAAUGCUUCUAGAUCCUUCUUUAGUACAGGAAAAGAUUCUCUGUUUGGAGGAAAAUGGAGGCUGGAAUGAUGAGGGAACUAUCAGAAAGGGCGCAUGGGCUAGGAUCAGCUUAUUCAAAAGCAUCCUCCGUGAGAAAAUCUUGGAGCUUUCUUUAAGCUACCGAGUCGAGGAUAUACGCAGAAAAGUCGAAGAUCUUCUGGAAGAGAACCGAAAGCUUCGCAUGUCUCUUCCACGCUUUCUUCAAUGGAGCUCGGAAGGGGAUAUUGAUGUUACGGUUCCUAUCGUGGAAGAAAGAGUAGUAUUUUCUCUUCACCUUGAUUUUCUCUAUAACGACUUUUUGCUUUACCGCACUAUACAAAAGUGGACACAUGCUCAGCCAAGUGCUAUCAUAGAGACUUCUCGAGAAAUGUUGAAUGCUCUUCUUUCUAUGGUGGCGAGGUCAUCUCGAUUAGGGCAUCCAGUCUUUGAUAUGGGAUUCAAUGUAAGAUCCGACCCCCUGGCCCUUACUGUGUUCAAGCAGCUCACUUUUCCAAAGCUCUGCUAUUUUGGCUUACCUGCUGCCGGCAUAUUAUCUGCAGAACUUCUUCGAAGGUCUCGCUCGAUUGUCUCGGAUGACAGUAUUCUUUUUCCACGCUCGGGGAUUAUUCAAACCUUGAGUAUAUUCUCGUCCCAUUUGGACACGUUCAUACAAUGCUAUGAAGGGAAUUAUCGGAUCUCACAGGCAGGCCAAAGGGUGAUUCGUCAUAUUUUGGAUCAAGUUCUCUCCUACAAUGGUCCUCCUACUGCUAGUAUCAUCAAACCCUCUGAAGUAUUAGAACAAGAGUUUCCAGUCGGUGAUCUUCUGAACGAGGUUGAUGCCAAUGAUCGAGAUUUGUUUCUGGAUUGGAUGGACGGAACAGUCGAACAUAAGUCAGACUCGUGGUUGAGAUGGGUCAAUUUUAAUUGA